ACAUAUGCUCUCUUGGACAGCCUGUGCGCCAGGCUAAUUUGAGGCACCCAGCGCACUAUCCGCGCAAUCCGUGAUGGCGGGCUGAUAAACGCCCUCACAAUGCCACUACAUGGUGGCAUCUUUGUGUGUGCGCUGUUUUGCACGCUGGCCCCGCGAACAAAAGCCGGCGCUUGCUGUUUGUGUCCUUUGUCGGUGGAGCUUCUGCCGAAAAGGCCCCUGCGCAUGGGAGCAGAAAAGCCAGAGUGGGGGGAGAAAACGUGAGACUCGCCCUCGCAGAAAAACGCAAGGGCUGUGGCCAGCUAUUAAUAGGCCGGGCGCGUCUGCUGGGUGGCUCUCGCUGUGCGUCAGGCUCCUUGAAACCCGUCUCUUCCUCCCUCCCACUCGUUUCUGCACAGCUGCAGUCUAGCUCCUGCUUGAAUUUCUCCUCGCCUACUUUUUUGUUUCUUCAUUUUGCGCAAGCA